GUUUGUGUAGUGCGUGACUGCGUCUUUCAAUUUCCAUACAUGACGUCUGUGAAUGAUGUGGGAGACGGUGGAAGGAGGGUGUACAGUGUCGUGCAUUUUGAAGAGAAUGACGAAGUGUCCGUCGUGCCUUCUUCAUGGCUAAUCGGAAACCACAAGGUUAUGUGGCCUCCUUACAAGAACACAAAUAAAAUCACAAUUGCUAUUAAAAGACGUGAAAAGCCAUCACAUCAUUGGAAGGAGCACAGAUCUCGUGUGCUUUGUGAAUGUGACACAUAUGAGGUGGCGAGGAUCAGAGAACAAAAAGCAGCUAUGACGUCAGAUGUUGCUACUGAGGAAGAGGCGUGCGAGCCAAAACGAAAGCGUUGGCGACCCCAACCUCUGAAGAGGACGAUGCAUCGAGCGUGGGCGACUGUGCCUUUGAGGACCAAGCAAACACACCUGCUCCAGAUCCACAGCGCACUCCACAUUGUGUUCCCCGCCCACGCCCUCAGUAUAUGUCUGGUCACCAAGAGCAUCGGUCACCUUCCAUUCAGCAAAGUGAAGCAGAACAUAUACCACAAUUGCCUUCCUCUAUUCAUGACAGGACCCAAGCAGACGGAGCAGACAAAUCGCAAUCGUGCCUGCCUCAAGACAGAACAUUUAAGAUUUUGAGAAGGAUCAAGAAGCAGCUUGCAGCGCAAGGAGCAGUGUUGGAGAGGUUGGAGAAGUUCAUGUUGUCGAAUAGCCGUACAGAGGCACCAGGCCCUGUCCAGAGUGAGAUCUUAGAUCUGCUGCCGCUGUCAUCACAAGAACAGCUCGACAAACUAGAGGACAA